AUGACUGUUUCCACUUCGAAACCAAAGGUUAUAGUUCUGGCGGGCACUGCUGGAACGGGCAAAUCCACCAUUGCUGCGAAACUGGUUGAAGUUUACCAGAGUAAGCACCCAGAUGUGGAAUUCCUGGAAGGUGACUCAAUUCACCCUCCCGAGAACAUAGCCAAGAUGAGCCACGGGAUACCACUGACAGACGAGGAUCGGUGGGGCUGGCUAUCCAAAGUGGGGGAGCUGUCGUCUGAUUCUGCCCAGAAGCACUCGGGCCUGGCAAUCGUUACGUGUUCGAGCCUGAAAAAGAAGUACCGGGACUACAUUAGGGACGAAAACCCCGGAACGAACUUCCACUUCCUGUUUUUGUAUGGCGACAGACUGCUCAUCCUCGACCGAGCCAAUAAGCGGGAGGGCCAUUUCAUGAAGGCCAACAUGAUCAACUCGCAAUUCAGCGACCUUGAGCUCCCUAAAGCCGAUGAAAAAGACGCUGCGGUUGUGGAUGUUGACGGCAAAGACGUGCAGCAGGUCCUGGACGAAUGCGUCGCCGCGCUGGCGACGUUCGCAAACCCUUCUCAGUAG